GAGCCCAAUUCCGCACGUCUUGUACUUAAUCGUUCUUCCGUUGAAUUCGAUAAUCGAUGUACCUCCAACAAUUACCAGUAAUUCGUUGAAUCGGAUCCUCUAGUUAGCGCUUUUCCUCGUUCGCUUUCGGCACGAUGCCCUAACUUCUCUAUCGUGCAAAUCACACGGGCCUGAGACAAAAGACCGGGACAAGGUUUCUAGACGGGACAAAGAGAAAAACCUCCACUGACUAAUGCAUUCCAUCGGAUGGAAUUUUACAAUCUUUCCUCGCCUCGGAGGAAGACGCCGAGAGAAAGACGGCCAUGGCAAAUGGCCCAGCAGUACCUGUACUCGAGCAAGCCAUCAUUUUCUUGCGGUCUUCGGUCAGGUCGAGCUAAAAUAGCAGAGUGGAGGUCGAAGGCGUUCUCGGCGACGAAGUGCUCGUCCUUCUGCACGUACCAAUUUUAAAAAAUCGAGUCAUCUCGGAAAACCAGCGGGAGAUUUUCCAGACGCGUUUGCACAACUUACAAGGGAAAUCCUGGAUUUCGCCGAAACGUUCGCCGCGACGAGGAAAACGUGCCGGCACGGCGGGCGUUGCUCCCUUUUCCCAAUUAAAGGAGCCAUUUUGGUUGAAUAUUUUCCCGGUGCGCCCGAAACAGAGGGCUGCUGUCGGUUGUUGCGGUCGGCGCCGGACGAUCGGUCGACAUGGAGGCAGAAGAUCCUCAAUUGGUAGUGGAAAACGAAGAGAGCACCGACGUCGAGAGCUGCAAGCCCAGGAGCGAAGUGGACGAGGACAAAGAAGACUCCGAAGCCAAAGAGAGGUCUGAGACGCCAAAAUCAGUCGAUGGAGCACGGGGAGUUUGGCCCGUUGCUGAGAGCGGACCGCCUCCGAGCAGGGAGCCGGAGAGGAAUGUCGCGGCCUCGCCACCCCAUCGGGUCGAAGGCCCGAUCCGACCAGCGGCAGGACCCGGUGAGUGGAAUUCAUUGCCAGUAUUAGUAGAGCGGCUGCGCUCGGCCCUGGAGCUCUCCUGUUCGAGUGGGAGCAGCGAGGAGCAGGUGCACCCGGAGGACUCGGGCAUCGACUCGGAGGGCGACCUCCGACCCAGACUCCCGAUGGACCGUCAGAGCCCGAAGCCGCUGGACCAGCAGUUCCUGGAGGACCUGCUGCUCUCCGACAUCCAGACGGCGCUGGCGCGGCUGCGAGAGACCCUGCGGCGCGCCGACGUCGGCGCCCUCGUCAGGUACAGCUCCACCCUGGACCCGGCGAGCAAGCUGCACCUGCUGCGGCUCGUCUCGAACCUUCUGGCGAAGCUGAAGAUCCCGGAGAGCCCCGAGGAGGAGAGUCAGCCUCGUCCGAGUCCACCUCGACGGCGGCGCAGGGAGCGGCACACGGUCGUCGUCACGGCCGAGGAGCUGGCUCGCGCCAGGAAGUGGCUGGAGGAGGAGAGGAACCUCGCCGAGCGUCCGUUCCCGGAAUCCGCGCGGUUGGACGAGGCCCAAGUCGCCCCCGCGAAGGCGACUCGACAGGACCACCCGGAGCGGACGGCAGAGCGGCAGUUCGAUCGCGUCCGCGAGAAGCACGUGAAGGACGCCAUCAACCACCGACAGUCGCUGCAGAGCCGGAGCAAGGAGCCGGACGGCUCCCCCGAGGACGAUACGAAGGCGCCUCGUCUCGUCGACGGCCCCGGGGUCGAGGAGGAGUUCGGCAGCUUCGCCGCUCCCUUCCGUCCGCCGGAACCCCCGGUACUACCGGUACUACCGGUCAGGUGCAACAAGUUUUCCGCGAAGAAGUCCAAGAUCAAGAGGGCCAACACCAUAGACAUCCCGAGCUACCUGAAGCUGCAGGCCGAGGGCCACGGCCGGAACCAGGGCUGCAUCGCCCUGAGGAGGCCCAUCGGCGUCGGGGACAAGGUCCUGGCCGGCACGACCAAGGCGGUGCCCUCCUUCGAGCCCAAAACCGAGAACGACCGCAAGUUCCUGGCGCUGAUCGGCAGGAACAGCGAGUCCGGGCCCGCCGCCAACGUUCUGCCCUUCAAGAACUUCAACUACAGGCAACCCUCCGUGGCCGACCGCAACUGGAACGAUCGGUUCGCCGACAUCAAGACCACCUUCGACAAGCCGCGAGACGUCUCCCCCGAGGACCGUGGCCCCUUGAAGCGCCCCAGGGACAACAGCGGACGACUUCGCGCCGGCUCGAACGAGGACCGGGAGAACCAGGGGGUGGUCGUCGGAUCCCUGAAGCUCCCUUACGCGACCGCCGAACCGACGUCGGGGUUCACCCACGCCCCCACCUCUCCCUUCCGCAAGAUCGAGAAGACCGGGAAGGACUUCGUCCCUGAGUUCCUGAAGCCCAAACUGCUGGAGGCCACCGCCGAGACCGGCGGCACCCUGCAGGCCAAGGUGAAGAUGUUCGACAAGGAGAGCAACCGAAACGCACCGCCGCCCCAAACCAAGGGCAAGUACGUCAAAUCCGGAAACGCGCCGUCCUCGAUCCCCGGGACAAACGGAGCGAUGGAGAACGGUCGCCUGAAUUAUCAGUCGUUUUGCAAGCAGUUCGCCCCUGCCUCGAACGGACGUCAAACCGAGUCAAGCAAAGCGCCGUCGAGAAUCGGUUCUCGGGAGAGUCCGUCCAAAUCCAAUCGACCCGGCGUGGUCCACCAAAGGGCGGAAUACUACGACGACCUGGAGCACUCCGAAGGCCCUCGUCCCCGAUACGAAAAUCCGGACCAGUGGUCUUCGAGAAAUCCUAAACCAUGUAAGAAAUUGGACAACGAUUCAGGUGGGCUUCACCGGAGGGGCGAGUAUUACGAGGACCAGGAUCGCCAGGAAGACCCUCGACGAUAUCGAUACGAGAACGUCGAUCGACUCGAUGGGAGUCCCAAGAGCUCCUUAUCGCGCAGCAAGUUAGACGAGACGCCGGAGAAGAUGAUCGAUAACGAGUCCAGGACCGGUUGGGAUGGGAAAUGCUUCGACGCAGCGCCGAGGAAUGCCGACGUCGGGAACGAUUGGUCGACCAAGACGAUUCAGCCCGUUGCUCCCGACAACGGACCUCAUCCCCUGGACGGCACCGCCAAAGAUCACCCAGUGACCGAGAAAACUCUUCCAGAAUUUCAGGGCCUGUUUCAGCCCAACGUAGAUGGGUCCCUGGACCUGGGGACGAGUCCCGACGUCGAAGGGGUUACGCCCAAGUCGAAUUUCCCAAAGGUUAUCCCCCUGCAGAGUCUGGACGUGGACACCAACAGGAUGUCAAAUCUACCCCAGAGCGGUUCGGCACCUUCCCACUCACCUGCCGAGAGUCACAUCGGAAAGGGUUACGAGGUUUCCGACAAGAGUCCUAGAUACGAGCCAUUGAUGGCGUCUUCCCCGGUGAAGAGUAACCCCGGAUAUCCGGUGGACAAUCCUAGAGUCUAUCAGGAGCAGACGAGCUAUCCAGAGGUGGGACAUCGCGUCUCAGUCCACCCCGUCCCUAGGGAUUUCGAGGUCAACUAUUCUCGCCCGAACGAGUCGUACCGAUCGUACUCCUCUAGUCAGAAUCCCAUCAAAACGAUCGACAAUUUCCUUAGGGCCAGCUUGUCCCAAGGCCACUUGCCGAAGGAUGCCGACGAUGGUCCAAAAUCGAGCUACCCUUUAACGAGCGAGGAUAACGAUCGUUCGUAUCCCGGAAGCAGGGACGAGGAGCGAAUUCGAAGCUACGUUCCUUGGGGUCACUCGUCUCGCGACCUGAGCAACCGUGAGAAGCAGAGAACCGAUUACGAGGCAAACUAUCCAGGAGGGGCCGAAGAGGCGUCGCGGCAAGACGUCUUCCAGGAUCGAAACUACGAGGAUCGGUUAUCCGUUUCCGGUGUGCCCAGGACCGAAGAAACGUAUCCAAGGAUCGUCCCCAACGAGGUCGUGCUUCCCGAGGAGGACAAGAUCGCCAAUCAAGACAUCAGCCCCGAAGGUGUGGUAACGAGGUACACCUGCGCGAUAGCCACGAUAGCGCCGGAGGCGUCGAUGCUCCCCGAAGAGCGACGAGAUUCGACGGAGUCCCUUUCCGGCAAGAACCGUCUCGGGCCCGAAGAAAAGCGCGACGUCCCGGACGAAACCGCGCAGCAGAUGGGCGAGGUUCCUAGAGCGGAGCCGAGGAAGAGGGAGAUCCCGCUGGACGAGAUCCAGAGGCACAACCUACUGCAGCAGAACCUGGCCAGGAAGCUGCAGAGUGACGCGACGUCGAAGCCCCCGAAGCACCUCGUCUUCGACUCGUCCCUCGGAAGGGAAGGUGUACCCUUCGUCCAGGAGGCCUCGUCCCGCGGAUUUACUCCACCGAGGCAGCCCUGCGAGCCCGUCGUGGAGAGCAACAACACUCAGGAGAAGAUCGGCAUCUUCGAGAGCAGAAACCCGAACAGACACCGUCCCUCGCCCGUUAGGUCCGGGUUCCGAGGGGGGCCCCCGAAGGUGAACGUGGUGAGUCCGUCGAAGAUCGUCCAGUCGAAGGGACCCAUCGGCAGCAGCGCAAAGCUGAUCGACUCCAGCGACGAGUACCUGAUGUCCUGCGCCAGUCGACCCUCGCGCUCGAUUGUCCUGUCGAAGUCCGAGUCCUGGCACCAGCUGGCCCUGUCCAAGAGCAACCUGCAGGUCCCUCGAGUCGUCCAGGAGUCCCCGCCUCGGCCGCCCAAGUCCAGGUCCCCGUCCUCCUUCAGGCUGUCCAAGCAGUUCGAGGCCGCCGCCACCUCGGACAACGUGAAGCGCAUGGAGGAGAAGAUCCAGAGGUACUUCCACAGUCCCACCAACGCGGGCUCCGGGGAAUCCCCUCCCUCGGGGAGGAGGGAGUCCAAGAGCAAGAGGUGCCCGGGGCCCGCGAAGAGGAGCCAGAACGGCCUGGCCAGGAGCCACACGGUCCCUCACCUGUACGACGAGAGGAACCUCGUGGAGCUGGGAGACGUCGACGCCGCCUUCGACGACCUCUUCAGGGAGACCGUCAGGAGCGACGCGCGGUGCUGAGCCUCGACCCCGCUGGUCGGUCCGAUCGAUCGCCACGUUAAAUGGUACCUCCUUUGUAAAAUGCCGCGCCCAGGGCCAUAGGGCCGGCUCUCGUUCUCCGUUCUCCAGUUUGACCUCCGUUUUCGGCCGAGCGACUCUCCGUCCUCCUCGCGUUCCUGGAGCCGAAGGUCCAUCGCUCCUGGAGCCGUCCCAGCGUCCGAACGAUACGAAGCCUCGAAGACUCCGCACCCUGAAAUCAAGACUCCGAGUUAGCCGCAAGGAGGCGAAAUCCUCCCGAGACGACGUCGACGUCUUCGAGAAAAUCUUCAGGGUGGCCCUCGCGACCGGUUUUCCGCGCAACCGACCGUUUGACUUAUCGAUAGUUUGCAAGAACUCGAGUCGCCCGGGGAGAUAGAGAAAGGGCGCGUCUCUUCCGCGCCGGUUUAGCCCGGCUCGGUUCUUCCCCCGCUACUUUGUUUUUCGUUCUGCCUUUCGUUACCGUGCCCGGUGUGUGUGUCCCAAGCCCGGAUUAGAGGGACGUUUUAGUGCGUUUUCGAGGCGGCCCCGACGAUCAGUGAGUCUUUUUACCACUAUUUCUUCUACUACUACCACCGACUAGCUACUAGACCAACUAAGCCACCACUAGCGACGAGAACGUCGACCGUUCUCGGCACCUACACCCUGCACGAUCCCCACCGGAAGUUUCACGCAAUGGCGACGUCGACGGUCGAAAUCCGCAUCGUUCGAAAAAUUGAUCCCCAGGAAAAUGUUUCGACAACGCGGUGAUAGGAAUUUUUUAAAAACUAUUAAGAAGUUUUUUUUUCCAAUUGUACCCUCUUUCCUGAAAUUGAUAGCAGCACCACCGCGUCGGGCGAUUGCGGCCACGUCGAUGCGUUUUCCUGCAACGUGCGCGUUUUAUCGGGAGUUGCAAAAAAAUGCAUCGGGACAGAUUUCGUCGGUACAAUUUAAAAUUUCUAUCACCGGGAGUGAAACGCAUCUUGGAUGAAUUUUUUCGAUCGAUUCCGUCGCCUUUAAAUGAAAUUACUCGGCAGGGCUACGUACACCGUACUCUCGUGCGAGACGUCGCGGGACAUACACCGUUUGUCUUGGUUUACGCUGGUUUAGAGUACAGGAGACUAGUCUACUAACCGAGGUGUGACUCUCUCUUUUUUUUACAUUUUUCUACCAGAACUGGUGUGAAAAAGAGAUACCGUCUCCGGUUUGAUUUUGAGUUUGUUGGGUGUGUGGAAAAAAAAACGAAAGAAAUCAUCGAAUGCGUUGGCACCGAUUUGCAACUUUACGUCCGCGAGAUUCGAUCGAGUCGGCUAACCCGAGCGAGGAGGUUCGAAAUUUUGCGAAGCGAGUCAAAACUAAAAGCUAAGACUUUUCCUGACGUUUCGCGACCACUGCGUGGCGCAAUGUCGACCUCUGCACCCAUCGACACGGUUUCCCCCUUCGGAGACUACGAAGCAAACCAAAUGAAAAAUGACUCCUCGACGUACGAGUCGGGCGCGUCAAUUAAUAUCUAUCUUCCUUUAAAAACGAUUGCGCACCGCAAGAAAAUUACGCUCAACUGGUACGAUUAAAUGAACAAAAUGACGGAUCGCGCUUGACCGAUGACCCGACUUUCGUAAACGGGAAUUGCGGCUGUAAAUAUGUCUGUUACUGUAAUAAACACGAGAAAAUACGCCCCGA